UCGCUUACUUAGUAUACGUUGUAAAGUCAUACGGUUGACAUGUUCUCAAUUCGCGGCAGCCAAAACGGCAUACUCCCGACGGUUGAGAGGACAUCUAACGUUAGUAUAGUAGUCUAGUCGUAUUUGUUGUCGCCAUCCAAACGGUUGUGUAUUGUUGGUGUACUUAAAGGAUAUGUGUGUGUUGAUGGAGAUAUUAUAGGCUGGCAAGCUUUUUGAAUGACUAGUCAUAGCCGCCGGUAUUUAACAAACAUACAGACACACACAUACACACACUUACGGUCAGACAUACUCUUACACAUUUUUUGCAUAAUCAAUGGAGGGAUAAGAAAAAAAAACUUUAAUACUUCCCCUCUUAAAUUCUCUAUAGAAAACAAAAACAAAGAGUAAAAACAUUGUGAAAAGCAAGAACAUUUUGUGAAAAAUCAAAAAAUAUAUAUACAAGAAAAUAAAAGAAAUUCUAAAAUUUGUGAAAUCUUAAAGUGCAUGGGCAGCAAGCUGAAAACCAUUAAAAACAAAAAAAGUGAAAUAAAUUAAAAUACAAAGUGUUUUAUUAUGUGUUAUAUGCAUAUUUUAAUGGUGUGGCUCAGUGUUGUAUAGUGUUAUCAUCAUCGUAAGCAUUGCCGGCCAGCCAACCAUAUAUCCAUACUCCUACUCACAUGGAAUAAUACAAAAAAAAAAAACAAAACAAAACGAAAAAAGUACAUAAAAUGAAAUACAACAUUCAAACAAAACAUACACAAAGUGAAUAAAUAAAUAAAUACCCCCAGAAUAUAAAGAAACACCAUAAUUUUACACUAAAUAAAAAAGAAAAGUUCAUUCUUAUAUUGUAUAUUGUGUAAGUGUAUCGUUGAGUGUUGGUAUUGGUGCGCUUAAAUAAAUACGUACCAAAUACGCCGUAAGUAAACAAAACAAAAAAAUAAAAACAAAUAUUGGAAAAAAACAAAUAAAAGUUAGUGUAUGUGUAGAGAACAAAACAAAACAAAACAAAAGAAAAAGAAAGAAACAGGCCGUAUAAAGUAACCAUCGUCCGCAGCAGCAUCAGCAGUAGCAGAACACAAUCAAAACAACAUUACGAAAUAUUAAAAAGAUUUUUCUAAGAAUUUUUUGUCUUGUGGGGAAAGGCAGCAAGCGAGUGUGAGGCCAACAUUCCUGCUGAAGGUUUUCUCCAACAACAUAAACCACAUGAACUAAAGGUCAACACAUGCAUCGAGGCAGCAAUUAGCCCUCAACAGCAAGUAACCAAAGCAACGAAAAAAAUCCCCAUUCAAGCAUAACACGACAUUCGGGGACUUGUGUGGUUUCUGACUUUCGAACAUUGCGGCAAUUGACGCAGCCCCUCCGAAAAGUUUUUGAUGACAUUCAGUCAAAAAAGAAAAGAGACAACAAGGAAAUCAGCAACAAAAUUGGGCUUUCGGGCAAUGAAAUGGACGAAAAAGCAAAGACCAAUUUCGAGAAACCCAUAAUCACCACUCUUUGCAUACGAGAGCAGAGAAGGAUGACGAUGAUGAUGUAAAUGCCAAAAGCAGAGGAUACCACCACAAAGACGACAAUCAGGCAACUGAUAUCCCAUACUCACUCACUCGGGCCAACAAUAGGGAAAAGUUUCCUCGAAACGAUACGGAUUAGCUUUGGCAAACCAAAGAGGAUUUUGCCAAAAAAAAAGCCACGUUAUUCAAUAUGGCGAAGGCUAGGGGGCUUUAAUUAACAUGAUUAGAUAACAAGCAAAUAUUGAAACUGUUGAUUUCAAUCGAUAGUUGAAAUCAGAGCACCUAGAAAAUCCACAAAGUGAAAGGGAGUGGAGGGUAACAAAAAGGGUUGUAACGAAUUGACGAAAUUGACAGUCAACUUUGGCCCAUUGUUUGCGCUGCUUUGACUUGCCCCGUGAUUGAUGGCCUUGCUAUUGAGGCUCUAGCUGGGAGAUCCACAGCAACGUUGACAACAUGAUAUAAGACGAGUUGAUUCCAGGAAUAAAUCUGCUAUCCAGCCCCUACUUCUCUAAUCACUCCUCAGCCCGCUGGAACACAACAUGACAGAUGUGUCAACGCCGCAACAAAGCAACGCACUGACUAGUGCAAAAUCAAUAAAGGCCUCCAAUGAAACAUGUCACUCAGCAGUGAAUGGUGGCGCAAAUUCCACCUCCGUUACCGCCGCCACCGCCACCACCACCUCCAAUUCCAAACAAACCAAAGCAUUAUCGAAUGGUUCGGCUAAGCGGCCGGCAACGGUAACAGCUGCCACAUUAGCACAACCCACCUUGAGAACCCCACAUCAAAUACCUACCAUAACAAAAGAAGACGAUAAGGAAACGGAAAGAAAGCUGCAGCAGCUGCAACAGGAAGAGGAUAAAGCAUCCAUAAACACCUCGCCUGCCAUUGCCUCUCCUGUUUCGCCCAUCAUGUCCAAUGCCGGCCUCAAAAGUCUACAAUCACCCACAAUUCAAUCACCAGUAUCGAGUGCAAUGUCAACUCAAACGACGCCUGCUUCUCCUGGCUCUGUAUCAGCUAAUCAAGUCAUAGGACUGGACAAGGAUUCCAUUUCACCAGAAACAAUUGUCACCACCGCCUCAAUAACGGGUGGUGGCAGCAGCAGCGGCAUAAUUAACAACAGCUGCAGUGUCAGCAGCCUCAGCAUCAGCAGCAGUAGCCUAAAUCCUUCAACCCACACAACACCUGCUAAUCCUUUGACUAAAGCCAUGCAACGUGAAGUCACGUCGCAGGAUGUCGACGAGGUAGCACGUCUGUUCGAGGAGAAACCUGAGGCCUUUGAGAAAUGGCUAAUGGAAAGGGCCCCUGCCGAGGCUUUGGUGCGUCUGCAUGAAUUUAUUGAGGGACGCAAACCACCUCCCCCGCCCAAAAGGCCAUCGGUUACUUCGGAUUUGUUUCAGCAAUGGAUGGCAGCUUCACCAGUACAGAAAAAUCGCUCGUUUUCAUCUGCAUCGAGUGGCACCUCAAUGCUGGACAAUCGACAGCAUUUAAUGGAACUGGAUGAGGGUGAACUCUUUAUGGAAUUGAUACGUGAUGUUGCCAACGAAUUGGAUAUUGAUGUCCUCUGCCAUAAAAUUCUAGUGAAUGUGGGUCUCCUUACACAUGCAGAUCGUGGUUCUCUGUUCCUGGCCAAAGGACCACCCAACAGUCGAUAUUUAGUGGCGAAAUUGUUCGAUGUUACACAGACUACACCCCUCAAGGAUGCUGUCAAAAAAGCUCGCUCCGAAGAGAUCAUUAUACCCUUUGGAGUGGGUAUUGCGGGCAUGGUGGCCCAAACGAAAGAGAUGAUCAACAUUAAGGAAGCCUAUAAAGAUGCUCGUUUUAACUGUGAAAUAGAUUUAAGGACUGGCUAUAAAACCAAUACCAUACUCUCAAUGCCCAUUUGCAAUUAUGAGGGCGACAUUAUUGGAGUAGCCCAGAUCAUCAAUAAAACCAAUGGCUCAUUGGAAUUUGAUGAACAUGAUGUGGAGAUAUUUCGCCGUUACCUGACCUUUUGUGGUAUUGGCAUACAAAAUGCUCAAUUGUUUGAAAUGUCCGUCCAGGAGUAUAGGCGCAAUCAGAUUCUAUUGAAUUUGGCACGCAGCAUAUUCGAGGAGCAGAACAACUUGGAGUGCCUGGUAACGAAAAUAAUGACCGAGGCCAGAGUUUUGCUGAAAUGUGAAAGGUGUUCAGUGUUUUUGGUGGAUUUGGAUUGUUGUGAGGCUAGUCAUUUAGAGAAAAUCAUAGAGAAGCCCAAUGAAAUGCAAAGACGCUUAAGCCGUAGCAUAUUAAGUAGUGAUAGUCUUGAAGAUAAGCAAAAAACCAAUAACCGUUUUACCGUUCUCUUUGAACUUGGAGCAGCUAAUCAAUCGGCCAAUAUUUCACGACCCUCCGUCAAUGAUCUGAGCAAUUCAACACUGGCUCAAAUCGCCCAAUUUGUGGCCACCACCAGCCAAACUGUAAAUAUAUCCGAUGUUAGGGAGUGGGUGCAAGAGCAUAAUCAAAUCACCGCCGAAAAUGAGAUCGACUGCAUCAAAGCCAUACUCUGCAUGCCUAUUGUCAAUGCUCAGAAGCGUGUGAUUGGCGUUGCCCAGUUGAUAAAUAAAUCCAAUGGAGUGCCAUUUACCGAUUGCGAUGCCUCGAUAUUCGAGGCAUUUGCCAUAUUUUGUGGUUUAGGUAUUCAUAAUACACAAAUGUAUGAGAAUGCCUGCAAGUUGAUGGCCAAGCAAAAAGUCGCUCUAGAAUGUUUGUCAUACCAUGCAACAGCACCGCAGGAGCAAACGGAUAAAUUGGUGCAAGACAAUAUAGAGUCGGCAGAGGUCUAUAACUUGUAUAGUUUUAAGUUUAUAGAUUUCGAUUUAUGUGACGAUGACACCUGUCGCGCCGUCGUCCGCAUGUUCCUGCAAUGUAAUCUAGUGCAAAUGUUUCAAAUACCCUAUGAUGUUCUCUGUCGUUGGGUUUUGAGUGUACGCAAAAAUUACCGUCCCGUUAAGUAUCACAAUUGGCGACAUGCCUUGAAUGUGGCGCAAACCAUGUUUGCCAUGAUGAAAACUGGUCGCAUGGAGCGUUUUAUGCAAGAUUUGGAAAUCUUUGGCCUCUUGGUGGCAUGUUUGUGUCAUGAUCUGGAUCAUCGCGGCACAAAUAAUGCCUUUCAAACAAAAACUGAAUCUCCUUUGGCCAUACUUUACACAACGAGCACCAUGGAGCAUCAUCAUUUUGAUCAAUGUGUUAUGAUACUGAAUUCGGAGGGAAAUAAUAUUUUUCAGGCGCUUUCACCCGAGGACUACCGCUGUGUCAUGAAGGUGGUGGAGAAUGCCAUUCUUUCCACAGAUCUGGCCGUUUAUUUCAAGAAACGUAACGCCUUUUUGGAGCUAGUGGAAAAUGGUGAAUUCGAUUGGCAAAGUGAGGAUAAAAAAGACUUAUUAUGUGGCAUGAUGAUGACGGCUUGUGAUGUCAGUGCCAUUGCCAAGCCCUGGGAGGUGCAACAUCGAGUGGCCAAACUGGUGGCGGAUGAAUUUUUUGAUCAAGGUGAUUUGGAGAAAUUGCAAUUAAAUACUCAACCAGUGGCCAUGAUGGACAGGGAUCGCAAAGACGAAUUACCCAAAAUGCAAGUGGGCUUUAUAGAUGUCAUCUGCUUACCCCUUUACCGAGUAUUGUGUGAUACCUUCCCCUGGAUAACCCCUCUGUACGAGGGUACACUGGAGAAUCGCAGCAAUUGGCAAGAUUUGGCAGAAAAAGUGGAAAUGGGUUUAACCUGGAUCGAUCAUGAUACCAUAGACAAACCUGUGGAAGAGUUUGCAGCCUGCACCGAUGAAGAUAUCAAAGAUAUUGAGUUUACAGUGACCACUUUGAAUUGUCAUCAGCAUAGCGAUGAUACCUCAACGCCCGAACAUCAACGUGGCAUCUCCCGCCUGAGCAUUAAAAAGACAGGAGCUUUGGGAAAAGCGGUCAAAUCCAAGCUGACCAAAACUCUGUACAACAGCAUGGAUGGGGCGAAACCCAAAACUUCCCUAAAACUUUUGGAGACACAUGCCAGUGAAGAUUUGGACGAUAAGAGUCCCACUAGCCCCUCACAGCCGCCUGGCACUGCGGUGGGCUCAACAGGCCAUAUGUCAACAUCAUCCUCAAUAUCCUCAGCAUGCACCACCAACUCCGCUACCGAUAAGAAUAAGAAGCGCUCUAAGCUAUGUGCACUUUUGUGACGAAAACCUUCCAAUUAGAAUUUGGGUUAAGGCCACAAUUCUAAUUGGAAGUUUAAAGUAAUCAAAAGAAAAGCAGAUAUCAAAAGGGCAAUAAUGUAAGAAACGCAAGGUGAUUGAUUUUCCCAACCAAAAAUAUAACGAAAUUGCAGCUCAAAGCAUUGACAGACGGCGAUCACUCUAGGGUCCCCACUAUGGCGGCCCCAUGAUAAUCUGUAGAGACUUUUUUGCACAGACAUUGUUUUACUUUGUUAGAGUAAUUGCAAAUUACCAAAAAAAAACAAAAAUAAAUACUCAAACACACUAACAAUAUAGGUGUCAUCCACUUGACUAUCUAACGACUUUUCUAACUAACUAAGAUGUCAAAAAAUUGUGAUGUAGAAAAAACAGGCAGAUAAAUUAAAGCAAAAUAGAAGACAUUAUUUGGUAGAGAAAGUUUGAAACCUGAAGGGAUUGAAAAAUUGAUUCUCAAAAUUUAUAGCAAAUUCCACUACAUGAAGUUUAUUUCUAUUAAAUAUUCUAUUAAAGAUCUAUUUAAAACAAUUUUAGCUUAGGUUCGACUGGCAGCAAUAUUUUUUUUAACAGAAUGAGUCUGUUAAAAAAUUAACUACUUUAGUCUCACGACCACUGCACUUGUAACCCGAUCACGCUACCAACUCAGCCCAAUCCCAAGGCAGCCGAUUGUACGUACCGGAUUGACCCGAUGAAGUCCUUCUUCGGCAAGGGCUGUCGUCUCAGUGCACAACACACUGCUACAACAAAAACCAACUCAGCCACCGGGACGUCCUUCACUUUGCAUAAAGAGGAUGUCUCGCCUGUACUGAUUACAAAAAUGCAUUGCUCUGGCCAUAUAAAUUGGAAUAAAUUUAGGAAAAGUAAUCCGGAUUAUACAGAUAGACGGUCAGUCAUACAAUGCAACACUCCCAACGCAGUUGUGCAGGGUACAGUUCCUGCUUUAACUAUAAUUAUACCCUAAACCACUACUGUGGUACAGGGUAUUAUAACUUAGUGAAUUUUUUUGUAAAACCCAAAAGGAAGAAAGAUAGACCCAUUGAUAAGUAUACCGAGCGACUCAGAAUCACUUUCUGAUUCGAUUUAGCUAUGUUCGUCUGUCUGUCUGUCCAUCCGUCUGUCUGUCCGUGUUAAUUUGUGUACAAAGUACAGGUCGCAGUUUUCAUCCGAUCGUCUUCAAAUUUGGUACAAGCAUGUUUUUCGGCCUAGAGACGAAAUCUUUUGAAAUUGGGAAAAUCGGUUCAGAUCUGGAUAUAGCUCCCAUAUAUAUGUUCGUCCGAUUUUCAGUAAUAAUGCAAUAAAAUGGUCAUUUGUUAACCGAAUCUCUCGAAAUUUGGCAGAAAGCAUUUCUUUACGAAUCUCGACAUUACUGGUGAAUUUCAUGGAAAUCGGUUCAGAUUUAGAUAUAGCUUUCAUAUAUAUAUAUAUCGCCCGAUUUUUACUCCUAGAACCACUGCAAGCACAUUUAUUGAACAAACCUUGCCAAAAGACUGCACAACGCUUUCCUCGACGACUUCCAUAAUAUACAUAGAGUUUGGUCAAAAUCGGUUCAGAUUUAGAUAUGGCUUCCAUAUAUAGGUUCGUCCGAUUUGCAGUAAUAUUGCAAUAAAACGGUCUUUUGUUAACCUAUUUUCUCAAAAUUCGGAAGGAGGGAUUUCCUCUUGACUCUCUAUAUUAUUGGUGAAUUUCAUGGAAAGCGGUUAAGGUUUAGAUAUAGCUCUCAUAUAUAUAUAUCGCCCGAUAUUAACUUCUAGAGUCACAGCAAGCGCAUUUAUUGAUCCAUCUUGCCAAAAUUUUGCAAAACGCUUUCCUCGACGACUGCUACAGUGUCAGAGGAGUUUGCUCUAAAGCGGUUCAGAUUUAGAUAUAAUAUGGCAAAAAAGUGAUCUUUUGUAACCCCAUUCUGUCUAAAUUUUGCAGGAAGGAUUUUCUUAUGACUCUCAGUAUUAGUGGUGAAUUUCAUAGAAAUCGACUCAGAUUAAAUAUAGCUGUCACAUCUGUAUAUCGCCAGCUUUUCACCCCAAGAGGCACUGCAAGCGCAAUGUUUGACCGAUCUUGCCAAAAUUUUUCACAACGCUUUCCUCGACGACUACCACAUUAUCUGAGAAGUUUGUUCGAAAUCGGUUCAGAUUUAGAUAUAUAUACGUUCAUCAGAUUUUGGGUAAUUUGCCAUAAUGUUGUCAUUUGUCAACCCUAAUUUUUACAGUUUGAACAUAUUUGCUCGCCAGGGUCCAUCAAAAUUGGCUCGGAAUUGGAUAUAGGUCCCGCAUUGUACUUAUAGGGUAGGUGUAGGGUAUUAUUCAGUCAACACCGCCCGACUUUUGCCCCUUCCUUACUGGUUUUUAAAAGUUAAAGUGUUGCGGUUUGCUUGUAUAUUCCGUACUAGCUAAACCCGACCCUAUUCGUUGCGCCUUCAUUAAGAAUACGAGGAAAAUAUGUCUCUAACUCACUAUGUCCCACAAGUGGUACUGGAGAUUAGUAUAUGAAUUCCCCAGUACCACUUGUGAGACCGUGAUUGUGAUUCUCCCUUCCAGGCACUUGUGUACAAAUUUGAAUGUUAGGUUCGCACUCUUAUACACUAAAAAAUAUUUAUCACUUGAUCCACACAUCGUCAUGAUAGGCCAGUUAACCUAUUUAGGUUAUAAGGGUAGAUCGUCACCAGAAACUUGAACACAAAUUUUAAUUUCAUAUGCGUCGUCCACUUCCAAAUACUAUUCAUUUGAACCCCUUAUUGUCAUGAUCGGCUUAUAUUCCCAUUUUUGGGAAGGGUUUAAGCGGAUGGAACGGUUCCAUUACUUGGACCUAAUUUUUAACAUACAAUACUCGUAAUCUGCUCUCGAAUACCUUUUAUUUGAGUCCCAUAUUGCCCCGAUCGGUUCACUUUUGAUUUUGGGCGGUACUCUUGGGGCGAUUUUGGGCUCGAGUUGGUUCUUGGACCCAAUUUUCAAUAUAAUAUUCGUACUCUACACCGAAUACUUAUUAUUUGAGUUCCGACCGAUACACCUUUGAUUUAAGGCGGUACUUUUGGUUUUGAAAAUGUUGAAAAUGUUGAUCUGUAAGGAAACAUGGGCUACAUAAUUUUUUGUUAUCGGAAGGGGGCGGACCCUCCCCCUUACCCUAAAGUAUUACCUGAAAGUAAAAGUCUACCGAUCAGGACAAUAUGGGACUCAUAUGAAAGGUAUUCAGGAGUAGAGUACGAAUUUCAUGAUAAAAUUUGGGUCCAAGUAACUGGGUGGCCGCCCCAACCCCAAAACAAUCUAAAAUAGGUGUAAUGGACGAGCAUGAUAAUAUGGGACUCAAAUGAAAGAUAUUCGGGAGUAGAUUACGAAUAUAGUCGGUAAAACGUAAUAGGCUUUAUAAUUUGUUGAUAUCGGAAGGCGGCGGACCCUCCCCCGUUACCACAAAGACACCACCCAAAAUCAAAAGUGGACCAAUCAAGACAAUAUGGGUAUCAAAUAAACGGAAUUGGAGAGUAGAUUACGAACAUGGAAUUAACAUUUGGGUCUAAGUACCCAUCGGGCCGCCCCAACCCCAAAACUCCCCCAAACAGACAUAUUCGACGUUCAUGUCAAUUUUGGGCUCAAAUUAAAGGUAUUCGGGAGUAGAUUAUGAAUCUGGCAUACAAAUUCAGAUCGAAGUGUUGGGGGUCACCUCAACUACCCCCAAAACGCUCCAAAUGGGCAUAUGGGACCCAUCAUGACUAUAUGAGACUCGGUUUGUUUGUUUGUUCCGUAAACUUAAAAACGGAUGAACCGAUUUUCUUUUCGUGGAUUAUGUAGUUGUUUUUGGAAGGAAACAUGAGUUAUAUAAUUUUAAAAUAUCGGGUGGUGGCGGACCCUUCCUCUUACCCCAAAAACUCCACCCAAAACCUAAAGUGAACUGAUAGGUACAACAUAAAUUUAAAUGAAAGGUAUUGGAGAAUAGAAAACGAAUAUUGUUUUCUAAUUUGGGUCCAAGUACCCAGCAGGCCGCCCCAACCCCAAAACUCCUCUUAACAGAUAUAUUAUACGUUCAUAUCAAUAUGGGACCCCAAAUAAUGGGAGGUCGCUUCAACCCCAAAUGAGCAUAUCAGCCGACCAUGGCUCUAUGGAAUUCAAAUGAAAGGUAUUUGGGAGUAGAUUAUGAAUAUGAUAUUAAAAUUUGCGUUCAAGUCUAGGUGGCACUUUUCCUUCCAGAAAUAAGUCAAAUAGGUUGAUUGACUCAUUUUGACAAAAUGGACUCAUUUGAGAAUUGAAAACGAAUUUGAUAUCCAAUUUUGGAGCCAAGUGUUUGGGGGUCCGCCCUAAUUCACCCCCUAAACUAAAAUUCAUUUCUGGCUGUAGCAAUAUGAAGCUCAAAUCAACGAUAUUUGGGAGUAAAGAACGAAUUUGAUAUCUAUUUUCAGGGUAAAGUGCCGGUGGCCGCCCAGCCUCAAAACACCCUCCAAAUUGUUAAUAUUUACCGACCAUGGCAAUAUGGGGCUCAAAAAAUCUCCCUAAUAUUUAAGAGCGAUUCAAGUUGAGUUUAUCAAUGAUAAGGGACCUUUUUUAUAGCCGAGUCCAAACGGCAUGCCGCAGCGCGACACCUUUUUGGGCAAAAUUUUUUAUAUGACCAUGCAUGGCAGGGUACCUCGCAAAUUUCGCCAGCAUUAAGAGGGGAUAACCACCGAUUUAAAUUUUUUCCGGCGUUCUCGCCAGGAUUCGAAAGCAGGCGAUCAGCGUCAUAGGCGAACAUAGGCUACAGUGGCACGAAUUCGAUAAUAAUUCAGGGCGAAGUGUCCCCACCCUAAAAAGAUUUUGGAGAGUUAAAGAAGUCUCAGCGGAGCGGGCCCAGUUCGGCUAGUUUGUUAUAUAAAUUUGAGGUAACUUGGAGGAAAGACCCACCCGAAAACCCACCAGAGUGUAGAUGUCAACCAAUUGGGGCAAUAUGGGUAUCCAAUGAAAGGUAUUUGUAAGUAGAGUACGAAUCGCCCCACCCACAAAACAGCCCCCAAAUUAACAUCGGAAAAUAUGGGACACCAUAGAAUGGGCUUUGAAAGCAGAGCUCAAAUUAGAAAUCAAUGUUGUGGACCAAAUACCUAUGGGGUCGCCCCCUCCCCAAAUUAACCAUAACACUUAAAUGAGGGACAUUUAAGAGUAAUGUACGAAUCUCAUAUAAAUUUUAGAGAUCAAGUAUCUUGGGGUUUCAGCCAACCGCAAACAAAUCCCCCAUCAAAACAUGUGUACGACUUCCAAAAAAAACUCCCACUCAGAUAGACCGAGCGGAAAUAAAUAAAAUCUAAGCCGAUAUGGCCCAUUUGCAAUUCCCAACGACCUACAUCAAUAAGAAGUAUUUAUGCGAAAUAUCAAACGGAUAUCUUUAUGCUAUCGUGAUACCGACAGACGGACCGACGGCUAGAUAUGGCUAAACACUUUAUAGGGUCUCAGAUCAAUGUUUUAAAGAGUUUUAAACGGCAUGACUAGAUUAGUAUUCGCCAUCCUAGUCACGUAGCCAGAAUUUUAUUCUGGGGGUAGUCCAUGUAAGAACUAUAAAAUAAUAAUAAGCCUCCAUGUUUUGCACGAUGAAUGAGAUGCUCCCACUAGGAUUACUAGGAGGUAUAGCGGCUCGCCAGUCAUUUCCAUUGCAUCCCCUGAUCUACUGAUUGACGUAACCUGGCAAGCCGUCAUUUCUUUGGGAUCAGACCAACUCCCCAUAAUUCUCAUCAUCCAUGUUUGUGUUUGUUUGUGUUUAUCAAUCAAAAGAACGCCGACUCCACUAAUCGGCGGUUCAGUGAACUGACACCCCCUUCGGAUGUGCUAGUUGCCGAAAGGGAAUUCCGAGUCAUCAUUAAUGCAGCAGCCGCCUUUAUAUCAGCCGGUCGAACACCCAAAUUGCGGCCCAAUUUCCCAGCACAGGCACUGGUAUUCGCAGACGAGCAUUUUUGGAUUAGUUGCAAGGACCCCACUAACCCCAGAAUCAGCGAGCUGAAUCUGAAAAUUAACAGGGUAGCCAACGAAUAUAAGCGAAAUUGUUGUUCAAUCCUCAAUUUAUUGUUCAUCCCAAAAGUGACAGGGCUAGAAGGAGAACCAUUCGUCGUAUCCGUGGUCUCCGAGCCGAAGAACAGCCAUCAUAAUUUAUCGUGGACCAAGGUACGAAUGUCAUCCGUGGCACCAAAUCAUCUAAGAUGUUGGGCCCCGACGGAAUCUUUACACUGUUGCUGAAGAUUCAGGAUCAACAUGGAGUCAAGUACCUUACGACUGUCCUCAACCUGUCUUUGUACAUUCUUAUGGUACCCGAUGUCUGGAAGAUGGGCAGAGAGAUCCCGCUACUGAGCCCUAGAAAGGACCCUAGUAAAGGGGAGUCGUACAGACCGAUCUCCCUUCUCUCACCAGGGGCAAAAGCCCGAGCCUCGUAGGAGAAUUUCCAUUCGCCGAGCAUCAACAUGGAUUUCGAAGACUACACAGCACAACAACAGCUUUGCAUAAAUUUGCCGUGGCUUCAAUCAGCCCAGGCCAUGUGAUAGGACGGGUCCUCGUGGCACUGGACCUAUCGAAGGCAUUCGACACGGUCUGCCAUGUCAAACUAUUUGAGGACAUCACCAAUACGACCCUCCAGCCAGGUCUAAGACGCUGGGUCGCGAAUUAUUUGUGUGAUUGUCAGUCAUUUGUGAAAUUUAAGGAUAAGACAUUAAAACACUGUAGAGUUAAACCGGGAGUUUCUCAAGGCGGGGUGAUAUCUCCGAUAAUGUUUAAACUCUCCAUUCCAUCGCCUCCAGGCGGCAUAGAGAUAGUAUCAUAUGCGGACGAUUGUACGCACAUUGUUGGUAUCUGCGAUAGGUUGAACAUUCGCUGCAAUAAAUCUGGAGAUAUAUGCCACCAAAUCAUCAGCCACAUUUUUCACUACAAACACCCAUGAGGUGCGUAGGGAGCUGAAAGCGAUGGUCGACGACAAUUCCGACCAUCAAGUAUAUCAAAAUAUUUGGUGUCACAUUUGACAGCUCCUACCCAUUCUCACCACAUGCCACAGCAAUUUGCGAUAUGGUCAAAAGUUGAAACAAGGUCCUCAAGUCACUUACCGGCAGCACUUGGGCUGCUGACAAAUAAUCCUUUUUGACCACGACCAAAGCAAUUGGCCGGUUUGUGGUCAGUUAUGCAGCGCCAGUGUGGUCUCGUCAGCACGCAGUGGAAUAAUAUUCAGAUCUAUCAGAAUGCCGCCCUUCGAACUGCGACUUGCUGUCUUCUUAGUUCUCACGAGGACCACCUCCAUCAGGAGACAAAGAUCUUAGCCGUGCGAAAACAUAACUACAUGCUGUCUAAUCAUCCUCUUGUGUUUAGAUACCCACGGCCCAGAAGCCUUAAGAUAGGUUUACUUGAUCUAGAGCGUGAGGUCCAUCGCCGCAAAAGAGAACCUCUGUAUCAAGCGGCCCUGGACAACAUUCAUGCGGACACGAUGGCAGAUGCGGUGAAUGUGAUUCUGGAUAAAUGUGAUCCUUGCAGAAUGACAUCCACCCAUUGCACCUGCAGAAAUUGACCUGCCCCGGCAAACCAGAGCAGUUUUGGUUCAAUUAUAAUGCGGCAGAUGCAACCGCUUCAAUUCCUACAGAGCAAGGAGUGAUGCCAGCGUCCAGGAUGUUUGUCCCGAUUGUGACCUCGGACCAAGCAAAACACGCGUCACCUGUUUAACUGCCCAUCCAGACCCACCCAACUCAGACCCAGAUCCCUCUGGACGCACCACACCUUAGUCGCAUAGUUGCUGCAUCUGGAUAUUCAACAGUACCAAGCAGACGGAAGGUAAAACACAACACCCUGCUACAAGAACAACAAAGGGAAAUAUAGAGGUUUCAAAGGAAUGUGUGUAGGUGUUCUGGAACGGCCAGCCAGACCCACCCGACUCAGACUCGAACCCAGACCCCUCCGUCUGGACGCACCCCACCUUAGUCGCAAAGUUACUGGAUCUGGAUGUUCAACAAAACCAAACAGACGAAAGAUCCCUACGGGAAAUGAAACAGGUCCCAAACCUGUCAACGGAUAGGUCCUCUGGUGAUAGGGACCGGUCCCAGUUCCCGUCCCCUUUCAUGGAAAAAACCUAUCACUUUCAUAAGAGUUUUUCGCUCGAGAUGACGAAUUGCCACCAUUCUAACGAUAAUUAAGCGACUUAAAAAUAAUUAAAAAUCAUAAGUUAUGACAAUUGAAACUUUCCAUUCCCAACAGGAUAUGUCCGGUGACAGGUAACAAAUUCUCCAGUUUAGGACCGGUAUAUUUGGGACAAUUGACUACGCAUUUCCCGUAGGGAUAGAACACAACACACAGCUACAACAACAACAACAACAAAGGGAAAUACGGAUGUUUUGCAUUUCAAAAUAAAAUACUUUUUGUUUUUUGGGACACUCUAAUGCAUAUCCGUUAUGGUGGGUAUUCAAAGGUCAGCCCGACCGAGCUAAAUGUGUUUUUAAUUGCUCCUGUAAACCCAUGGGAGAUUUUGAUGAAGAACCCUCAAGUUUUGUCUUUUCAUCCCCUUGACGAUGAUCAAAAUAUCCAGACACAGGACAUUGAUAUAUUGUACUUAAUGAGGUUAAGAUGGCGGAUAAGAUGAAAUAAGUUAAAUUAAAAUUAUUCUUCAUGCGCUGCUGUCAUUCAAAAUUGAAUUUGUAAAAACUUUUUUGUCCCUUCGAAAUUUAAAGGCUUAUAAGAUUUGUAUAACCUACACCACCAUGUUCGUCAGAUUUUGGCUAAUUGGUUCGAAGAUGGGCUAUAUAGGAGUAUAUCUUGAUGUAGCCCCAUAUAGACCGAUCGGCCGACUUAGGGUCCUAGGCUCAUAAAAGCUACAUUUAUUGUCCGCUGUCGCCAUUUGGGACAGUGAGUUGUGUUAAGCUUGUCGACAUCGUUCCUCAAUUUGGCUCAGAUCGGUCAAGAUUUGGAUAUAGCUGCCAUAUAGACCGAUCCUCCGAUUUACGGUCUUAGGCACAUAAAAGCCACAUUUAUUAUCCGAUUUUGCUGAAUUUCGGGACAGUGAGUUGUGUUAGGCCCUUCAAUAUCCUUCUUCAAUUUGGCCAAGAUCGGUUAAGAUUUGGAUAUAGCUGCCAUAUAGACCGAUCUCUCGAUUUAAGGUUUUACGCCCAUAAAAGUCGCAUUUAUUGUCCGAUUUUCCCAAAAUUUGGGACAGUGCAUUGUGUUAGGACCUUCUAAAUCCUUCUUCAAUUUCGCCAAGAUCGGUCCAGAUUUGAAUAUAGCUGCCAUAUAGAACGAACUCUCGAUUUAAGGUUUUACGCCCAUAAAAGUCGUAUUUAUUAUGCCAUAUAGACCGAUAUUUCGAUUUUGAAGUCUUGGCCACAAAAAACCUAAUUCGGUUUCGCUGAAAUUUGACACAAUGACUUAUGUUAGGCUUUUCGACAUCCGUGUCGUAUAUGGUUCACAACGGUUUAGCUACUACUUUUGUUAUACACAAUUGAACAAUGA